AUUUCACUACAUGAAAUCCUGUCUGAUUUCUGCCAUAAUGAUAAAAGAAGGAUGGAAACCUUAAUUUACCUGGGAGUCAACAGCUCAUUCCUGCGGGCGUCUUGGCCGGGUGGGCGGGGACAAGCCUGCGCGUAGGCCAACAUCACGUUACCAUAGUAACAGCAUAGUCACAGCUCGUCUGUCGGCUCUCUGCACUGUUAGCUAAGACCCCGCUAAUAAAAACUGCGUUGAGGUGGCCUACAGAGCAUUUGUUAACUUCGGAGCCAGGGGGAGUCCUUCACCACCAUUAAGGUUCUCAGGAUGUCGAAUGACCUCGCUGGUGUGUGGGAGGUGGCGCUGAGUGAUGGAGUCCACAGGAUAGAGUUUGAACACGGCACGACCACUGGAAAGAGGGUCAUCUACGUUGAUGGAAAGGAGAUACUGAGACGAGACUGGAUGUUCAAACUUGUGGGGAAGGAGACAUUUAACGUGGGCAAGCCAGAAACCAAAGCAACCAUCAACAUCGAUGCUGUCAGCGGGUUUGCUUACGAGUACACAUUGGAGAUCAAUGGGAAGAGCCUGAAGAAGUACAUGGAGAACAGAUCAAAGGUCACCAGCACCUGGGUGCUCAACUUGGACGGCAUUGACUGCAGAGUGGUCCUGGAGAAAGACACCAUGGAUGUGUGGUGUAAUGGACAAAAGAUUGAGACUGCAGGGGAGUUCGUGGACGACGGCACAGAGACACAUUUCACACUCGGAGACCACAACUGCUGCGUGAAAGCCGUGAGCAGCGGGAAGCGGCGAGACGGGAUCAUUCACACGCUGCUCGUAGACGGCACAGAGAUAGCCGAGUGCACAGAGUGACCGCAAAUGUGUUUUUUAUUUUUUUUUACAUUUGCAUGAAAGCGGAGGUCCGGUUCGUAUGUGUGACUUAGAAUCUGUGACAAUGAGCGAGGGUGCUGUUGAGUAAUAUAUUUUAAAACCUGUUGGGAGUCGGGGAGCGUCUGACGUAAAUGUGCUCUGCUCUCCGGUGUGUUGAUGGCCGUACUGUGCAGGGUGUUAUCAGCCAUAUGUUGGUGAAGGUUGUCCUGUAAUUCAUGUAGUAACCUCCAAUGACAGGUCCUGCAGCCUGGCCAGUUUUAAAAGACAAGACGCAGCUAAAAGAAAACAUUUACUGUCUCAAAAUGUCCACACUGGAAAAACGGGAUUUUUUUCACUAUAAAUACAGCCAAUCACAGUAACAUCCAGAUGCGCCGCAGGUUUGUCACUAAACCAGGCUCUGAUUGUAAGUGAAAACGCACCAUCUCGGGUCGCUAAGGUGACAACAACUUGUCCCAUUAAACCCCAGACUCUCCCUCCUCACGCUGGCUUUCUUGUAUGUUUCGACAUUGAACAGCUGAUUUACAAAAAAACAGGGUAUGAGAUUAUCUCUUGAAUGUAGCAUCAUUCCAGAGUGCACUGGAGUGAUACUUGUGUCCUCCUGCAUUGACAUGCUUAGUGGUCUUUGUUUCGUUGUUAAAGUCAGUUGAUAUUAAAGUAACGUGUAAUGAGUUUUCAGCAGACUAGCCUAGAUGUGUAGAAUCAUUGGCAUUGUGCACAAACUAAUGGCUUUCAUAGACAAUCACUCAGAUGUGACAAUAUUGCCAGUAGCAAAUUGUAGACACAGCUGAAAUACAUGACUUGGUCAUAUCCAAGCACAAUUCAGAGACGUUCUGUUGUCUUUAGGGAUUGUGUGCCAUUCUGUUGUGCAGUCUCUUGCUUUCAUCUGAAGGUCAGAUAUUGUUUUUACAUGAUUUACGCAAAUCAGAUUUUACGGACUUCUUCUUGAAGAGCUCAUUGAGCAUUAGUAAAAUCCUACGAAAAGGCAAACAUUAGUUCGCUUUACUCCGCCGAGUUGGCUGAUCACAUGGUAAACAAAGAAACCGGUCACUGUGAAAUGCAGCUGAAAGCUCCUGGAAUUAGUUUUUCUUGUCAAACCGUUUCCAAGGUUGAAGUUGGUGACAUUUCCACUCAACGUGCUGCUGUGAUUUCUAGCGGUUGUAUUACUGUAUCAUUAAGAAUAUGAGGGACCCUCUUUCAUGUGUUCUGUAUAAAAGCACUACAUUUGUAUGUCUUUUAUUUUGUUAAAUGAUCUUUGCAUUUAAUUGUAUUAAAUCAAUGUGAUAGCUA